UCUCUGAGGCGUAGGAGUCUCCUGUCCGUCUCCUCUUCACAGCAGAUGAAGUUGUCGAGGCAGUAAUCCUUUUCCUUUCUUCUUCUUCUUUUUUUUUUUUUACUCUUUGGAGAGAUCCUCCCUGUCUCAUCCCAGAAGCUCGUUUUAUUGGAAGUUGAACAGCUGUUGGCGGGUUGUUAUUUGGGAGCCGGUCGAGCCGCCAUGGACGCGUUAAUGAAAGGUUUCUCCAAAGCCAAGGAUGGAGUCGUGGCGGCGGCGGAGAAAACCAAGCAGGGAGUGACAGGAGCCGCGGAGAUGACCAAGGAUGGGGUUCUGUAUGUCGGCACUAAAACAAAGGAUGGAGUGUCCACAGUCGCUGGUAAAACUGUGUCUGGAGUGUCUCAGGUAGGCGGAGCGGUGGUUACCGGGGUUACCGCUGUGGCCCAGAAAACCGUGGAGGGCGCAGGCAACAUCGCAGCUGCCACUGGAUUGGUCAAGAAGGAUCCAGCCAAACAAGUAAGACGGAUGCUCUAA